UAUUGCGACUAGAAAAUAAUUACAUAAAACAUGUAAUCAAGUGCAUGAUGAUUGCAUAUGAUGAACUAUAAGAUUUACUGUGUACACCUUUCUAAUUAAUUUACCUGAUGUAUGAUAAACAAUAGAGGUCAGAGGUCAACAUUAAUCUCAGCAUGGAACAGACAAUGUGAAAUUUUGAAGGUCAAUUGUUGUUGAAUAUUCAUCUACAUGUAGUUAAUUGAAGAUUCAAUCAUACAUCACAUCUGUUAUAUCAAUAGAAGAUGCAUCUGUCCUCCAUUAAAAAGAAGGAAUCUAUUUUGCAACAAGUGCCUGAAUGUUUCUAUUCUAGUUGAUUGAUGUGAUAUUCUAGACGUACGGAAUGUAUGCUGAACCAUCGUUCAUGUGUUUGUUUUUAGCUUCUUUUCACCUUGUAUAUCUUGUGUAGUUCUGUUCAGAUUUUUUUUAUGUGUAUUUUCAUAUCAGUUAUAAUAUGCAUUUCCUGAAGGAAAUUAUUCUAAGUAUUGUUUGAAUGGUUUUUAUAGUGUGGCGUUAUUAAGAGGAGAAUACAAUUUUGAAGAUAAAUAUUGUAAUUGCUUGACAAUAUUUUUAUUACAUUAAAAUGUCUCUCAAAAAAGGAAUGAAAAAGAAAUGGCGGUCUAUGGAUGUACUUUUCCGUUCAGGAUCAAAAGAAAAUUUGAGUGGAUUGUUACGAGGAUCUAGGGAAAAUCUCAGUUCUAUAAGUGGAUCACGGGAGAAAAUAGAUAAAAUAGGUCGUCCAAGUUCUAUAGAAAAAUUAACGGAUUUAGAUUAUAACCACAACAGUCCAAGAAGCAAUAGAAGCUUUAAGUUCAGACUUGGUAGUCUAAGUAAUGUAAAAGAAGACCCAGGAUCACAGAAAAGGGAUGAAGGUGGAGGUGUCAGUGAUAAAGACCUCAGUAAUGGUGGUUAUAUACAGAGGUGUGUUAUAAUACAGCGUGAUGAUAAAGGAUAUGGUCUGACAGUUAGGGGAGAUAACCCAGUCUAUGUAGAAUCUGUUAAAGCAGAUGGGGCUGCUGCAAGAGCUGGGGUUCAACAAGGGGACAGAAUUGUUAAGGUGAAUGGGACCCUUGUGACAAACUCCAAUCAUAUAGAUGUGGUGAAGCUGAUUAAAUCUGGUUCUUUUGUGGCCUUAACCUUACUAAAUAAACCAGCAACAGGAGGGGGAGCAGUACAAGCUAGUGAUCAACCACCAGGAGGUGUCUCACGGAGAGUAACAGCACCACUUCCUGUUGAUGACCGUAAAUCCAAAGAAUUAGCCUUAUCUAAAUUAUCAGAGUUAAAGAGAUAUUAUGACUUGGCUUUAGAAGAUCUACAGCAAAUUAAAAAAGAAUAUAACAGAAAUCCAUCAGCCAAAUUAGGAUCACAGAUAGUAGACAAAGAAAAGACUGUCAAGAAAUUAGAAGAGCAGUUAAAGGUUCUUACUCCUCUUUCUGUUACUUCUCUGUCCCAUGUCCAGCAUUCAGAUUCGGCCCCAGAGUUAGGUCAGCUUGAUCCGCAGCCAGUCUCUUCAUGGCUACCUAGUGGACCCCUUCAUGUUAAACAAAGGUCCACACCGGCUUCUUUUAACAAUAAGCCGAAUCUUGGAGUAUCAAGAUCAAUGUCAGAUGCUGGCACUCGCAGAGCCAAACUACAAUUACCACGCCAUCACUAUAGCAUCAAAUCAGCUGAUAUAAGCCCGGAGCGAUAUGUGAUUCCCUUUGUAUCCAAAAGGAGGUAUGCUGUUAGAAGGGAUAGUAGACCUAUUAAUUACAUUCCUACAACAAUUUUAGACGGCGGUAAUACUUCAGAAUCUCCUACAAUUAGUCCAAGUUCAUCUCCCACACCGAUUCACGCACGAAACUUAACUAUCCAAAGUGAAGACAACGAUUCGGUUUCAUCUGGUACCACUAAAGAUUCAGGUUAUGAUGAAUGCACUCAAGCUGGUUCUUUAGGAGGUAGUGGUAAAGCCCAGCAAGACAUUAUUGCUAUGGAGGACGAUGAAUUUUCUGACGAAGAGCCACCAGGCACAUAUAUGGAGAGAAGGAAAUCAUCGAACUCUAACGCCUCUCAUUUCCUGACACGGUUACAGAAUUUAGAGGUUAACAAUGGUGCUUUCAGCAGUCUGAAGUUGCUUGAAAGUAGACCUCCACACCUGGCUGUCUUUCUUAAUUAUGUUAUGACUCAGAGUGAAGACCCAUCAAGUCUGUUAUUUUACAUAGUGUCUGGUUACUAUCGGACUACUCCUGGUACGUGUAAAGAAUUAAAGAAAUGGGCCUUCGAAAUUUAUUCCACGUUUCUUGUGGCAGCAGGAUCGCCUUUAAAACUGAAUGUGGAUGAAAGUAUAAGUGUAGAAAUAGACAAUGUAUUAGUGUAUAGAAAUGAUAAAGAGGAUAUAUUACGGAAAGUGUUCGAUCAUGCACGAGCUAGCGUACAGACAGAGUUACAAAACAUUCUGCAUGAUUUUUGUUCCAAAAAAGAAAUAGGGUUUGGUAAUAUGUAUGGCAUUCAUGAGUUAAAAGACAUAAUGAAGAAAAAUGAAGAAAUAGCCGUUGUAGAAAAAUAUGUAAUGCCUCAUCUAGAUAGGUGCUUCAAGGGAGAUGGUGGAGAAGAUACAAUAAAAUCAGAACGAGAAUUAGCAAUGGGCUGGGCCCUCAAUACAUUCCUACGUAAUGUUGGUGUUAAUAGACACAACUCAUCAAUGGACAGAGUCCAGAGUUUUAUAGCCAAAGAUAAACGAUUAUUAAAGAUAGGACAACAAAAGAAAAAGAAAGUCAGCACAGUGCAGCAACACCAGUUUCAGUUACAGCAUUAUUAUAAAGUAGAAAAAUGUAUUCACUGUGAUAAAGUUAUUUGGGGAGUUGGUUACCAAGCAUAUCAGUGCCAAACAUGUGACUUGAGUGUACAUAAAGCUUGCAUAGAUGAAUUGGAUGAGCCGUGUAAGAAGCAAAGAGGGAAAAGUAAAUUUCGUAACUUCCGGCCAACAUCUACUGCAGGUGGAAAUGCUUUAGGUGGGGUCGUUAAAAUGGUCAUACCAGAUUUAUUGACAACAGAAUACUCUCCCUUCUCCUCCAAAAACAGAUACCAACACCAGUUCUCCUAUCCACCAGCAGCUGACAAAACAGAUACAUUGUCGCCUAGUCCCAACCAGAAUACAUCUUUUAAUAUAGAACCACCUAAUGACGAGGAUAAACCAGAACAUUCAGUAAAUCGAUUGGUUCAAAACUUUGAAGAUUUACAGGGUGAUAAACGACGAAGUCCAGGCCUAGAGCCUACUGAACCUCAAAAGUAUGUAAUAGGGAAGAAUCCACCUAAACGAAAUUCAGGUUUAAGCCGGUCCCAAUCUUUCCUCUAUGUCAAAAACAACAUGAAAGGAUCAGACCUGGGAAGAUCAGAAAGUAUGAAAAGUCGUGGCGAUUCUAAAGGUGAUCGGCCGGCCAGACGGGCCAAAAGAAAGCUCUCGGCAGGUGAUGUUGAUGUUGACGAGAAUCUAACCCGAGUUUUGAAUUCUGGAAGUUCUUCUACGUCAAGUUUAAAGAGUGCUGAAAGUCCCAGUAAUUCAGUAGAAGCUGUGAACAACAUCCCACAGAGUGUAGAGAAUGAUUCUGAUUUUGAGGUAGAAUCAGAGUUACCUCCUCUAAAGGAAGUGCUAUCGGAGGAAGUAUAUAGAAAGCUAAAACCAAAGGAAAGAAAGAGACAAGAAGUUAUAAAUGAAUUAUUUUACACAGAAAAGACGCAUGUUAAGAAUUUGAAGAUAUUAGAGAUGUUAUUCUAUAAGCCUAUGAUAAAUGACAAUGUCAAUGAAAAUUUGACCAAGGCCUUGUUUCCAAAUAUUGAAGAUAUUCUCAAAUUACACACUUCAUUAAAUGAUGAAAUGAAGAGAAAGAGAAAAGAAAAUCCAGUAGUUGGAGAUGUAGCAGAUAUUUUAGUGAAGAGGUUUGACGCAGAGGAAGGUGAAGCAUUCCGUAAUGGCUGUGCCAUAUAUUGUCGUAACCAGUCACAUGCUUUAGAAUCAUUACGAUCUCGGCAGAAGAAAGAUUCUAGAUUAUCAAGUUUUCUUGCUGCUGCUGAGAGUAGUAAUUUAAUGCGACGUCUCCAGUUAAAAGAUCUCAUUCCUACUCAAAUGAUGCGUCUAACUAAGUAUCCAUUAUUGAUAGAAAGCCUUAUGAAAUAUACAAGUGCCCAAUCAGAAGAACAUACUAAAUUAGAGAGAGCCUUACAAUGUAGUAAACAUAUCUUAGAAUAUGUUAAUCAAGCUGUGAAAGAAUAUGAAAAUCAUUAUAAAUUAGAACAUUUACAACGCAAAGUGGAGAAAAAGUUAGAUGGUCUUUCAACUGAGGAAUUUGAUUAUAAAAAAAUGAAGGAAUUAGAUUUAACGAAACAUAAAUUAGUGUAUGAUGGACUUUUGACAUGGAAUAUAAACCAAAGAAAAACUGUUGAUGUUCAUGUUGUUUUGUUAGAGGAUGUAUUAGUGUUAUUACAAAAACAGGAUGAAAAAUUAGUGUUAAAAUUUCAAAGUACUCAGCUUGUGGCGGGGAAGGACGAUAGUAAAUACAUGUUUAGUCCAUUGUUAGAAUUAAGUUCUGUUUUGGCAGCUAACAGUAAAGCAACAGAUAAAAAAGCCUUUUUUGUUGUGGCUAAAUCACAGAUUUAUGAGUUAUCAGCUCAUACUGGGGAGGAGCAAAAAAAGUGGAUAAAAUUGAUCAAAGAGUCUGCAGAUUCACAUAAGAGAAAUAAAUCAACUGCUAAUCAACUCAGACCUUCCACAAGUCCUGGCAGACUUGAGGAGAACAAGGAACCCACAAGGAUCUUUUCUUCUGAUAUGGUGGCUCAAGCAGAUGAAACUCAGGAACCUGAACUAGAACAACCUGAUAAAUUAAUUAUUUCCAGUCCUGUUACUUCUGUAGCGGAACCAGUUCUCACACCAUUAGAAAGAGCACGGAGAUUGGAUGAAGCAGUCAAAGAAAACUUGGAAGAAAAACGAAGACUGGUGGCACAAAUUAUUAAUGAUGUUGAUGAAAGGGAUCGUCUAGAACAGAUCUCUAUGUCUCCUGAAACAGAAUCAUUACACAACACCAUCCAGGAAUCAAUGGAGGAAUGCUCCAGUUUUAUAAUUGAAAUUUGUGAUAGAGAAUCUGGUCUAAUGCAAGAGAACAUACAGAUGCCUAUACCUAUGGACAAACUGAAGGAAAUGGCUAAUAGAAUGAACCAGAUACUUACAAAUUUGUUGGAGAAGACAAGGGCUUAUCAUGCUCUACGGGCAGCUGGACAGAAUGAAUCGGGCGCAGUAGUUGGAAAUCGUGAUGAGGAAAGAGAGAGGUUAAGAAUGGAACUUAAAGCUGCUCAAGAUGAACUGAACAUGCUGAGGGAGAUCCAAAGAAAAGUAUCGUCAACAUCUCCACCAGAUAUAGUGGCACCACUAGAAAGUGUCAAGCGGGAAAGACCUCAAAGUUUGGUGUCAGAGACAUCAACGUUAUCUUCAGAUGAUGGCACACCACAGCAAAGAGAUGAAGCUGAAUCGGAUAGUACUGAAGAUAUCCCAAUGAUGGAAGAAUCCACAGAACUUAUUGAACCGGAAGUUGCCAUAGCAACUGAAAUCCCUCAGUGCAUAGACACAAGUGACCUUCAAGAAAUUGAACCCUCAGAUGAAGAGACAAUAGAGGAUUUAGAUGCUCCCCAAAUUCCAGAAAAUGAUUUACUUCUCGAUGCUGAAGUGCUGCAUAUAUCUAAUGUUCAAACAGAGUCAGAAUUAGUUGAGGAAGUUCAAGAUUUAGACUCAUUAUCUAACGACAAUAAACAAGAAUCAGAUUCUUUAACAGAAGAGGUUAAAAACAAGGACAAUACUACAAAUGAAAGCUGUGAUAUUCCUAAAGAAUUCCACGACAGUGAUCAUAAGUCGCUGAAUGACGAUGUAUCGACUGAUGUCGAUGAUACAAAUUCUGACAGUGAAACAAUAUCAAAUCAGCCAGAUAUAGAAACAGAAAGAAAAGAAGAAAACAAAUCUGAACAAACAACUGAAGAAAGUAGUGACAAUGAUUUUGAAAAAAUUGAGAAAUCAGAAAUACCUAAAUCAGAUGAUUCUGAAAUGCAUGGUGAAACACAGGAUUCAAAAUCUGAAAACAUUUCAAAUGAAACGGAAGAAAGUAAACAACAAAUCCAAGAACAAAAUGAUAAAUCUCAGGAAAAUAAUACUGUCACUGAAAGUGAAAGUGAAAGUAGACUCAAUGGUGAGAGUAGCAAAAUAUCUGAUACAGAAAAGUCAGAAGCUGACAAUAAUGAAAACAUAGAAAAAAGUACUGAUGCAAAUAUUAGUGAUAGCCAGACAAUAGAACCUUCUUCAUAGUCUUAUGUCACAUGAUAGGGUCACAUGCUGGUAAUGUGUUUUGGUGCUUGUCAUAUGACACAAAUUUUCUGUUGUUUGUCAAUGCCACUUAAAGCCUUGGUAUAACAUUUUUUCCAUUUUUCUGUUCUUGCUGAAAAUGCUUCAUUUAAGCCAAAACUCUAACUGUAAGUCUGGUUUCCUUAAAUUGAACAUGUUAUGUGUUUGAAUAACACAAAUGACGUUUAAUUGACUUGGAAAGAAAAUUGUCAAAGAGAUCUUCAGUAAGAUGAUAUAAAAAAUAUAAAGAAAAGCUUGCCAUUAAGAAUGGUGAACAAAACAAUUACACCAUACAAAAUGUUUAUAAGUAUAACAUAGUGCUACCAAUCCAUUUAUUAUUAUAAUAUAUAUUCAUUUGGUUUUUGAAGAGUGCUUAACAAUUAACAUUUGUAGAUAUUGAAUGGAAAAUGUAUUUGAAAAUGGUCUCUAUAAAUGAGUUCAUCGUAAAAACAAGAAAUAAAACAUGAGAUCAUAAAAUCAUUUAAACUUGCUUGACAGUGUUGACAAACAAACAGACAAAAUUAAAUGAAUUGUCUCCCUUUUUUCCAAAAUGAUGAUUAUUUCCCUUUUUUCCAAAAUGAUGAGUUUUAGAAGGAGCUUAUGUGUUUCUACUGAUGCAAUAGUUGAUCAUGUGAUAGAUUUUAUAAAUACACGGAUCAAUCAUACGCAUGUCCUCAUGAGGGACAGUUUUUGUUACUGUUUUACAAAGUUUGAAUUUCUGUAGCAUGGUCAUUAUGUUUAUCAUAUGUUUAUUUAUGUGUUAACAAUUUUGACAAUUAUUUAUCCAUAUGUAUAUUUGUAUCAUAUGUACAAUAGGAAUUUCAGACUUGAGACUUUAUUGUUAUACUGUUUUAAAAUUUCUUAGAAGUUACUCACUGUUAGCAAUUUAUGUGAUUAAUAUGUCAUGCAAACCCUAUUUUCUCUUUUGUUUCAACAUCAAUUAUGAAUUAAUUUCACUUUAAAAAGAUUGAUUACUCUAUAACAGUGAUGGAUCCAGAACUUUUUAUAAGGGGGUCCACUGACUGACUUAAGGGGGAGCUCCAGUCAUGUUUCAGUGAUUCCUUACAGAAACAACUUAAUUUUUCUCAAAACAAGGGUUGGCCCUUGACCCUUCUGGAUAUGGCCAUGAAUAUAUACCUUUAUUUUAAUGAAUAAAGUGCAUCAAAUGAAGUUUUUGGGAGACUGGAAAAUUUGGUCUGAUUUCUUUUGUUAUUUCAACCUGAGAAUAAUUUUUUUAUAAGUGUAAGUUUACUUAUUUAAAAGUUUAACCUUACCAUAGUGAUACCCAGUUUCGAUUUUGCUUUAAAAAAUUAUGAUCUUUUCAUCUGAUUAUUUCUCAUAAUGAUAUCAUAGGUAGUUUAAAAGACGUUUUAUAUCAUACAUGAAAAUAAAAUCAUUUCAACAACUUAAUUUAAGUAUAUAAGUCUAUUAUUAUAAAAUCAAACUUUUUGAAGCAUAUAUCCCUUUUGAAUUUCUGUAUCUUUAGUUUUGUUUGUGUGAUUUUAUUAAACCACUGCUAAAGAUAAUGAUGGUAGUUUGUUUAAGACUAGUUGUACUGUUUGUCAUGUGAUUAUUAUUUUAAUGUCUUUCAUUUAAGGCCCAAACUUAGUUGAAAGUUUUCUAUUGCAGUAGAAUAAAGAACUUGUCUGAAGGUUGGCAAACGAUUAUGAAGGUUAUUUAUGUACAAAGCAUUCUAUUUGAAAAUUUACCAAAAUUAAAAUCUUGCAAUAGGAAACAUUUUUUUUAGUCUAAUGUUUUUUUUUUAUAUAUUCAAAGAUCUAACCUAGUUAUGGUUGUGUUUUGAUUAAUGAUAUAUCAAGUUAUAAUAUUUUGCUACAAUUUUUCGUUAAUUUCUAACUUUUAUUUAUUUAUAUCAUGGAUGAUGAUUUGCCCUAAUGUCAGCUAUUUCUUUUUUUGAGGUUUAAGAAAUGGAAAAUUAGAAAUCAGGAUUAAAUUUUUAAAGGUCACAUUACUUUCAAAUAUUUAUUUUCAUAAUUAACAUUGUUCAUGGAUUUAAAAAAAACAGUCUUUUUGGUGGACAGUAGUUUUUUUGUAGAUUUAACUGAUUCUACUUAAAACAUGUUAAAAGUGUAUAUUGAAUUUGUACUCUGUUUAACUCAUUUAAACAUGCAGUAUUAAAUUCAAACUACCAAAUCCAUAAAAAUUAGUACCCCGGGAAAAACUUGGAAUCAGCUAUAUAUUUAAAAUUAAUUUCUUAAAACCUGGUUUGUUUACAAAAUUUAUGUUAUUAGAAAUACAUAGCACAGUAUAUUCUGAAUUUUUAUUUUAGUUUUAAUUAAAUUAUUUUUAUAACUUAAAAAUGUUACAACUAUUUGGAAAAGGAUAUAUAUUUUAUAUAUAUUGAAACAAAACAAAGCUUUAUAUCGGAAUCAAGCUGUUGAGAAUACAAAUUAUUUUCGUGAUAGUUUAUUGACAUGGGAGGGACAACCUCUUAAUUUUUUUUUAGAGUGAGUUUUAUCAUCCAUUAAUUGUGCAAUAUGUGACCAAACUUUAUACAUCAUUAUUUAAUCAUUACAUUAACGCUACAGGGAGCACCUGUUUAUAAUACACAGGUAUUACAUUGGACAGGUAGUUCCAUUUCUGAUUCUGUUUGACUUGUUGUAAUUCAUUAAAUGUUAAUUAUGAAUUACAAAAAAUACUGAAAUUAUGUUGAUUUUCUUAUCCAUAUUUAAAAUUGUGCAUAGUAUGAAAGCUUUGAUAAUUAAUCCUUACCAUUCAUUAGCCUUGAACAAACAAUAUAAUCUAGUUCUUUAUAUUAUGUAAACUGGAAUAGCUCUAUACCUUUAGCUAGAAUGUAGAGUUAAUGAAAGGUUUUUAUACUUUAAAAACAAGUACUUAACAUCAUUUAACAAAACAAUGUCAAUCAAAAUUAUAUUUCCCAAUAUAACAUUGGUUUUAACAUGUUCUUACAACUAUUUCAUAAGAUAAUGUUUUUUAAGCUUUUUCCCAGUCAGUAUUUUGACUUUUUCAAACAUUCUUACUUUAAUUGAUUCUCCAGUCAUUUGAUUGGUUGAAGAAAUGUUCUAGUGUAAAUUUUUGCUGCUGUUAAGUGUUUAGAGUAGAAUAUGACUAAGGUCUACUCAAAUAUAUGACUAAUGUCUUCUCAAAAAUAUAUUGAAAGGUCUACUCAAAUAUAUGACUAAAGGUUUUCUCUGAUGAUGCAAGGUUAAAUAAUGUAUAUGAUUUGUUAGACGUCUCUCUUUGUACAGUUGUAUAUAGAAAUAAUAUUAUUGUACAGACAAAGAAAUAAUGGAAAAAUAAAAUACAAAUAUUAAGUAAAA